UUUCAUACUGAUAUUUAUAUCGGGGUAUCUUUCCCGUAGCCCUUAACUGUCAGCACAAACUGAGGAGCCUGGGCAUAUUAUUCCAAAGGCUAAAAACAAAAUACAGACACAACACAAAAAAUACAUGAACGAUGAAAGUAAAUUAUCUAGUAUGAUGCCUUUUAUGGUGGAUACCAUGCCAAUGAUAGCCAAUGAAGGUGUUACGAAACUGGGCGAAAAAACUGGUGUCUCCUCCGCCAGACAUCCUCAUAGCGAGCAGCUGCUAAUGAAGGGUAUCACUGAAGCUGAAUAUCUGGAUCGGCAGGACAUGCAGAUGGCGGCUGAUUACUCUGCUUAUGGGAGACAGAAAAAGGCGCAGGAUAUGCAGAGUGACGCCAGAAAGGAAAAGAAGCAGGAUUUGCAAAGUUAUGGCGGACUGGAACAGGAGCAGGAUAUGCAGAUGGCGGCUGAUAACUCUGAUCUGGGCCUUCGCAUGUUUCCCAUAGUAUAUCGAAGCGAGCCGCCACCUCGUGAAGCACCUCUCAGCACUGCACCACCCCAGUUGGAAAAUAAGUGGACUAGACGGUCUAGUGUCGAUCCUAUCCUCAACUUCUGGGCCAAGGCCGAGGAUAAAGUAACAAAAGGAACUACUAAGUUGCACUUACCAAGAAAAUAUGACGAAGUGGAGGCUGAAGCUGGCAAAGAAAGUGAUGGUGCUGGUGCUAGUGCUGGUUCUGGUACUGGUACUGUCGAACAGAGAGCUGGUACAGAGAUGACCAUAUCCAUGCCGCGAUACGUGACUGAUCAUAUGGGUAAAUGGGUAUUCAAUCCGUGGGGCGUCACUUUCGGGGAUGCUUGGGAAGAUACUCGUUUCCAGUUUGAAGGCAAACAUUCUGUGCCGUGGGUCCUGGUAGAUUAUGGCGAACCUGGCGCGUAUCGGAUGGAAAAGCUCCAUGGAUCAGUGUGCCAGGGCAAGUCGACCAUUUACAACGUUCCCAAAAUAUACAAAUGGUUUCCACGGUAUAUUGAUACGAAAAAACGCAAUCACCGGAACAUCCUAGUUAAUCUGAGAAAGGAGAUCUACAAAGAUGGCAGAUCGGAGAACUGCCACACCUCGGACUUAGACGAUUGGUACGCGUACAUGCACUGCUCUCUAUUGCGAAAUAUGCGAAUGGAUUAUUUCGUACCCAAUUAUCCUCUCCACCGUUGGUAUAACACCGACUAAUACCACCCAUACCAUCUAUCCGAUAUUCCCAUUACCAUUGUAGUGUGAAUGAAAUAA